ACAACGGCGACGACGACCUGGCAUCCAGCCCCGCGCCAUGGCCGACCAAGAAGAUUUCAGCUCGCUGCCGCUGCCCGACCGCUUCACACACAAGAACUGGAAGGUCCGGAAAGAGGGCUACGAGGCCGCCGCCAAAGAAUUCAGUCUCGCCGCCAGCGAGUCCGACCCCGUCGUCCGCCAGUUCAUAAACGAUGCGAGCAUAUGGAAGGGCGUCGUCGGCGACUCCAACGUCGCCGCCCAGCAGGAGGGUCUUGGUGCACUAUGCGCCUUUCUCGACAUAGCAGGCCAGCAGGGCAGCACACGGACACGGAACAUGACCGUGGCGACCAUUGCCGAAAAGGGCCUGCCGUCAACGCGACCCGCCGCAAAGCAAAAGGCCCUCGAGGCGCUCUUGCUGUACAUUGAGACGGACAAGCCCGACCCCGUCAUCGAAGAGCUCCUCCCCAUCCUCGGACACAAGCAGCCCAAGGUCAUCGCGGCCACACUAGAAGCGCUCACGCAAAUCUACCAUGCAUACGGCUGCAAGACCAUCGAGCCCAAGCCCGUUCUCAAGCUGCUCCCCAAGGUAUACGGCCAUGCAGACAAGAACGUUCGCGCAAAGGCGCAGGAAUUGACGGUCGAGUUCUACCGAUGGCUGAAAGAGGCCAUGAAGCCGCUCUUCUGGAACGACCUGAAGCCCGUCCAGCAACAGGAUCUCGACAAGUUGUUCGAAAAGGUCAAGGAUGAGCCGCCGCCAAAACAAGAGCGCCUGCUCCGCUCGCAACAGGCCGCCAAGGAAGCCGCCGUCGGUGCAGCGGGCGGGGGCGACGAGGAGGACGAAGAGGAGGACGCCGCCGCCAUUGACCUCGAACCCGAGUAUGAAGCCGUCGACGUGUUCCCCAAGGUUCCCAAGGACUUUGGCGAGAAGCUAGCAUCGUCCAAAUGGAAGGACCGCAAGGAAACACUAGACGAAGUGCAGAAAGCCCUGGAUCAUCCUCGAAUCGCCGAAGGCCCCUUUGACGAACUGGUGCGUGGAUUUGCCAAGAGCAUGAAGGACGCCAACAUUGCAGUCGUUAUUACCGCCGCAAACUGUGUCGAGCUGCUUGCAAAGGGUCUAAAGAAGAGCUUCGCCAAGUACCGCAAAGACGUCAUGAACGCCAUGAUGGAGCGACUCAAGGAAAAGAAACAGACGGUCACGGAUGCCAUUGGUGCUGCGCUCGACGCAUCGUUUGCUUCUACGAGUUUUCAAGAGUGUCUGGAAGAGAUUUUGGAAUUCUUGAAGCACAAGAAUCCGCAGGUCAAGCUUGAAUCGUCGAGAUUUCUGGUCCGAUGUCUCAGGAACACGCGCGAAGCACCGGUGCCGGAGCAAGCAAAGGCUAUUGCUGAGGCUGCUACAAAGCUGCUCACAGAGUCACAGGAGGUUCAGCGAGCCGCUGGUGCUGAGAUUCUCGGAACGCUCUGGAAGAUUAUGGGCGAUCGCAUCAUGAAUGCUCACCUUGACGGAUUGGACGACAUCCGCAAGACCAAGAUCAAGGAAUUCCACGACGCGGCAGAGGUCAAGACCAAGUACAAGCCAAAGGCCGCUCCUGCUCCCAAGCCUGCAGCCGCUGCACCGACGAAGAAGCCUGUGGGCAAGCGACCAGCGCCUGGUGGAAAGAAGCCCGCUCCUGCGGCCAAGGCUCCUCCGCCUCCACCUGUCGAAGAAGCCGCUGCGCCCCUCGAGCCAAAGCCGACAUCGAGGCCGGCUGCGUCCAAGUUGGGUGCCAAGCCUGGUCUGGCUGCGCCAUCGAGACUUGGAGGAUUGAAGAAGCCAGCCGGUCUCGGAGCACCCUCACCGCGGAAAUCAGCCCCAUCGCCGCCCCCUGAGGAAGAGACGCCACCGCCACAGCCCAAGUUCGGUGCAGGUCGUGGUCUGGCGGGCCGUCCACUUGGCAAGCCUGCUGCUGAGCCAGCCCCAGCAGCCGCUCCCACCCCACAAGCCCCUGCAGGACUGAGUCUGGUCGAACGGGCCGAGCUUGAUGAGCUCCGUGCAGAGGUUGAACGACUCCGAAGACAGAAUGAGGAUCUGCGGGGAGAGCGGACAAAGCUCACGUCGCAAGUGCACGAACUCCAGAACCAGAACGCGCAACUUAUCGAGGACCACACGCGCGAUGUGCUUUCGAUCAAGGCCAAGGAAACACAGCUUGUUCGUGCUCGCUCCGACUUUGAAGCCUCUGAACAGACUGUGCAGAACCAGCGCCGGGAAAUUGACCGCUUGAAGCGCGAACUGAGUCGCCAGGUGCGGGCGUCUUCUCCGCCCAUGCCGGAUAUGGCCGAGCACAUGUUUUCGGACAGCAUGAAUGGCAACGGGGCGCAGUUUGGCGACUCUGGAUAUGGUGGGCGGGUGAUGCACGCGCGGAGAGAGAGGAGUUUUGCGGGUGGACCAGGCAGCCCAGGCAUUGACGGUAAGGAGAACUUUGACUCUCUUUCCCGCCCCAACAGUCGCCUGAGUGGUAUGCUGAGUCCGCGAGCAGAUGGCGCUUCUGGCAAAUCGUCUCUAUCAUCGCGAGGCGGGGGGCGCAUGAGCCCAGCUGAGAAUGGCGGCGUGCCUCGAAUCGGGUCACAGGCAGCUUCGGGCGCCGAAAGCUGGAAGCGUGCUGCAGAGGUGACGCAGAACUUGAAGCAGAGGAUAGAAAUGAUGAAGGCCAAACAGGGGAUCGGACGGCCGCAAUAAUCGUCCAGACGACGUGUGUACAUGUACGAGAGGCAUAAUUUGUCCAUGGGGCGUGACGACCUGGCUCCAAGGCCAGGGGCACGGACCAUGCGGCGCCCCUUCUUUCAAUGUUAACCCUGCAUCGUCGGUAGGGCUUCGCGGCUCGGUGUCGUCUUGGGCCUUGCAGGUACUUUAUUCGUGGCAUUUUGAACGGCGUUUGGUCGGAAUCGGGAGGGCGCCAUGUGUGAUAGUGAUGGCUAGGCACAUGGCUAGGAUCAAAUGGGCAGCAUACAUACAUAGGCAGGCAGUGUUGGGGGCCUUU